AUGGAAGCUACUCAGUCAUCGCAUGUAGCACGGCCAUCAGACCUAGCGCGGCAUGAGCAAUCAGAAGAGCAGAGACUCAAGGAAGAGCAGGCGGAGGAUCAGCAACAGUUGGAGCCUCCGUAUGGUGGGGAUACAGGGGAUCAAGCCACUAUGGGUUUGGAUCCAGAAGCGCAGCGUUUGGUUUCGGAAGGCACUUCGGCGGAAGAGUCUAUGAGGGGUCGUUCAUCGGCUCCGGCCCAAAAUCCUUUGGUGGCCAGGCUUGAUGUGCAGGACAGCUCCCCGGGAAGGAGGAGUAUGGGUAAAGAGAGUGAGAUUAGCGCCAAAACGGUGGUUUCGAGGUCGGAUCACAGUCGGGUGCCGCAACAUGAUAACAGUGAGAGCGAGUUGGUACCGGAUUAUGCGGCGGCGUUGAGCGCAGCUGCAGGGCAGGAAUCGGCCCCGACUAUAGCUCCACAGACGGUGAUGAACCAACUGAUGGGGCAACUUGGUGGGAUGAUGAGCAAAUUAAUUGCGGAUCAGGUUACUCCUAUGCUGGGGCAGGUGUUGGAGCAACAAACGCAUCUGGAUGCGCGGUUGGGAGCGCUGGAGGCGGCAUCCAUACCGGCGUCAGUUGAUGGGGACUUGCUUGAUCGAGCGCGGCUGCUUAGUCUGGAAGCUGGACCUCCAGAGCAGAGGCCAGAACCCACCCAGGUAACCGAAGAGUUGGCAGCAGCAGAUCUUCGCACACCGGGUGCCGGUGAGAACCUCAUGCGGGAUGAUAAUCAGAAUAAGCAUGGGAAGUUUAGCGCUAGAGGUAAAGGGAAGGGGAGAGGCAAGAAAGGGAACGAUGAGAAGAAUACGGCGGGGACGCUUACCGGUGGAUAUUUCCACCGGGUGCCCUCGGGUACCGGAAUCGGCCGUGACGAGCAUAACCGAUGGGGGUUAGACGGUUUGAACAGCCAGGAUGCACGGGAAAAGGCUGGUUUGCAGCCGCCGUGGACCUUGGUGGAGGCCUACGGGUUGGUCAAGCAGUCGCAAACUUCCAUCGUUACAUCGCGGAGUUGGGCCCCUGGGAUGAUCUCGCUGUUGUUUGAUGUUCUGAGGGAAGAUGCGGUGCAGCAUAAGGAUGAAACAUCUUCUGGGCUACGGUAUCUCCUGGUCGCGUGCUUGUUGGUGCCGGUGGAUGGGUCUGGGAAGCCCGUGCUUGGACCGGACCAAGAACAGGGCAAGGAACACGAUGGCGCGGAUGAGCCGUCAGGGGGUGUGGGAGUUGUUGUUGCGGGAGCCGGUGGUGGGAGUGCUGAUGCUCAUGAUGAGGAACAGGGUUGCGAAGCAGGUGGUAGUACAGAUCAACCACAUGCGCAUAGCGAUGAUGUUGAUGAUGAUCUUUGGAAUGAGCUGUUUGAACCUGAUGAGGCCUCGGGGUUAGCGCCUGAGGCAGAUGAAGAGUCGUUGCAACUCUGUGUUCGGCAGACCGAGGGCUUAGAUCAGUGUGAGGUGGAAGGACUGCAUUGGCGAGAGCUCGUUUUCGUCGAGGCAAUGAGGCGCAAGACCCCUACCAGCGUAGCACAGUUUACCUCAAAGAUUUUGGGAGAAAUUCGGGAGCUUGGGUUUCCUGUUACGAGAAUCCACUCGGACGCAGGGUCGGAGUUCAUCACGCCUCAGAUGCGGGCACUAGCAGCUAGAAACGACAUACGACAAACCUGCGCCGCUCCUGAGGAACAUGAUAGCAACGGCAGGAUAGAGAACGUCAUCAAGCGUAUGAAAGCACAAGUUCGAAUCCAUUUGCAUGGACCGGACGGUGGCCUGGAGUUGUGGCCUGUAGCAGCACGGGCAGCUGAGAAGAAAGUUUCUUCCGAUGAAGAUAAUCUGUUGAAGUAUUCUGAUAACCGGGCUGCACGUAGUGUUGAUGAUCUUGACCUUGGCUUGGUUGUUGAUCGCGUGCUGCUUGGAGUGAAGGAGGCUGAGGAGAACAGCGAGUUCUCUGGUGAUGCCCAUGAGCGCAUGUUGACGUGUGAUGAGAAGGCUGAGGGAGGCAGUAAGCUUUCCGAGGAGGCCGAGUUGUGCAAACUUGAGCGUGAUGAGCUUGAUGCUUUUGUUGGCAUGAGUCGCAUGCGUGAGCAUUCUGUUGAGCCGGAGGCAGGCCGCGAGUCUGCCGAGGAAGGCAAUGAAAGUGAGCUUAAGGCUCAUCCGGAGCAUGAGUGGACUGAUUGUUCCCAAACUGAGGGGCUGAGGCUCCGCAGCGAAGUUGUCCAGAAGGACAUCGAGCAGUUCACGGAGUGGUUGGAUGAACGUCAGUUGCGUUUAGCCUCGUUGCAUGAAGAUGUGUUGCAGGCUUGGGUAGAUGACACUGAAGACCGCAGCCAGGUGCAGCAGAUCUGGCAGGAUAUUCAAGAUUUGAGAUAUGAGCUUCGGUCGCUCUGCCUGGCCCAACUCCAUCAGGAUGUCGAGGACGUUAGCGCCACCAGCAGUGCGGCUCAGGAGACGGUCCUGCAGACAAGGAUCAUUAGCAACGCGGAGGUCAUGAGUCAUUGGGAUUUGUGGGAGAGUCCCACACAAGCUGAGUUAGACAACCUGGUUACCGACAAGCAUGUAGUCUACACUGCUAGCAUUACAAUCGAGUCGUUGAGAACGGCACUCGCAUUCAGCACCAGGCGGAAGCACAUGUUGAUCACCUUGGACAUAAAGGCAGCCUUUUUGAAUGCUGUGUUGCUGCCUCGAGAUAGACAGGCGGCUCAAGCUGCGGCCGAGAAGACUGACCAAAGCGCGGCACAAACAUCAACAGUCAACGAUGAAUCGCAAACUCAUGAGAUCGUUGCACUUAUACCGCCACGCAUGCUUAUCACGAAAGGAGUCUUCAAGCCUUAUGACAGGCUUAUCGUGAGAAAAGCAGUGUAUGGCCUUGACCAAUCACCGAGAGACUGGUCAUUGCAGCGUGAUCAGCAACUAAAGGCGCUGAAGAUACAGUGCAAUGGACGCACGUACCGAUUGUUUCAGUCCUUCGCAGAAGACUCGAUUUGGCUUGUUGCUACAUCAGAGCCUCGACGCGGGUACGCAGCAUCGCUGCACACGGAGGUUGAGGAUUCGAUAGCCGGUUGGGUAGCGGUUUAUGUAGAUGACCUGUUAGUUGGAGCGGAAGCUUUGCUCGCAAGGGCGAUUGUUGCGGCUAUCAUGGCUUGUUGGGAUUGCUCGAGCCCGCAGGAAGUGGGAGACACAGAGGACGCCGAGGAAGAGGGAAUAUCCAUAACAGACCUUAGGCCAGAUAUUUCAUUUGUGGUUUCAAAGCUAGCAUCUCGAAUAGGACUUAUUGAAGGAUUUGGAGACGCAUCUUUCGCGCCGGAGGCAAAGAGGUCCAUGCAAUGCGUACAGGUUUACGCGGAAGGAGCUGUUGUAGCAUGGUCCGUGUCACGACAAGCUUUCAUGGCACAGUCAUCGUGUGAAGCUGAAAUGAUAGCAUUGAUGGAUCUUGCCAACUACACCAUAUCUACCGCGUACUUGCUAGAUGAGUUGCUUCAGUAUGGUUCGAAGAAACAGAUACUGGGCGACAAUGUCGCCGCACUUGCUAUCUACGGUGGAACGGCAGCGCAUUGGCGAACGCGAGAAUGGAAUCCUGCAGACAUUGGCACCAAAAGCUUAGGAGAAGAUGAGCUCGCAGAAGCUUCUCAGCAGCGGGCACGGCACAGCAUGAGACGACAAGAAGAAGAGGAGAGUGCGAGAGAUGAUGCCGUGAUCGUAGGUCCAGCUGAGCAGGUGGAAGUGUUGAGAGGUAAUGGCCACGCCAAUCCGCCAGAGCCCCGACAAAAUGACGCUGAUCGUGCAGCGCCUAGACCGCGGGUCAGGGUGAUGGAUUACAAUGAGGUUCGGGCGGAGAUCAUAAGGCAAGAGGCGGACCGAAGGCUCCUAAACUUCCCUCCGGAACCUCCUAUUGUUAUUAAUCCCGCAUGGGGCGCUCCUCCGAUACAGCCCACAGUGCGAGAGCUUCGCCAACUCAGCACAGAUUGGGGAGGCUAUGCGUCAGCAGUCUUUCACCGUCCUCCAGCUGGUAUCCGAAAUGAUUUCUAUCAGUAUGAUACCUCAAGACAGGUGCUCAUCAGAUGGCACUGCCGACCUCGACUCCGACUCUUCAAUCCCGACACUACGCGCCUCCCAGCUCCUCUCGAAGCUCGCAUGCUCAGCGGACGUCGCCGGACCAUGGUGCAAGAUACACUCGAAGAUCGUAUGAUCACAGAUGAUUUUCGAAGAGCAGCGGUAGCAACUACUCGCGCCCUGGAGCGUGAGUGGUGGGGACGAACAGAGAUGCAGGUCAUCCCAGCUGAAAGGCUACAGGGGUGA